AUGGCUCAUAAUCAGUCCGGCUGCUUGACGGAGAAGGCUCUGGCGCACUUCGUGUCUACGAACCAUCGGCCGGCCUGGAGUGCCAAGUCACUUGAUGUCUCCCGAUUCCCAUGUGGAACUCACCUAACAGCUACGUUUGUGCUGGUCAUCCUGAAGAUCCUGCAACCAAUUGCCUCUGCGAUCCUGCCAAAGUCCGCACCACCCUCUGCCUCGCCUUCUCUACAUCGGUCUAUUAUCCGGUUGUGA